AUGGAAAAGAUUUUAUCGCAAUUUUUUGCAAUUGGCUAAUAAUACCUACAAAACCGACAAUUAUUUAUUCGAAUACAUUAUAAAUAUGGAAAAAACAAAAAGAAUUCAUCAUUAAUAACUAUUUAUAACUAUAUAUGUAUAGCGACAAAUAAACAUCAGUAAGAAUCAUGAGUAAUAUGCAUAUAAUCACUACGGAAAUGGACGAAGAAAUAUCCGCAGAUGAGGAAGAAAUUCUCGUAUAUGUAGAAUUUGAAGGGCUUGUUGAUGGUAAUGUGUUUAGUGAAAAAGAAUUACGAUUGGAUAUGAUCGGUAUAGAUACGGAACAUCCUAUAAUGCAAAUUAAUGGAAAGUUUUAUGAGGGUUCCUAUGAAGAUGUUGUCGGUACUUAUAUGUUUUUUACAAAAAAUGAUAAUCCCAUGGUAGAUGACCCUGUCUUUGAUACUGCUCCAAAUUUUAAAUAUUUUGCAAAAACUAGAAAAUUUCUAAAAAUGCAAAGAAUCUUUACAAAGUCUAGAACAGAAGUUCUAGGUGAUUCUGAAAAUAAUGAGUGUAUUCCAAAUCCAAAUACACUUAAACAAGCAGGAAUACCUUUUCAAUAUCAAGAAGAAGCUCUUUUAUUUUGGAAGACUCUACGAGAUAAUAGGUUAAAUGCAUUACAUUCAUAUUUAGAAAAACAACGAAUCAGACAAGAAAAAAAAUCUCAAGGUAUAAUAUUCGAGUCUGAGUCUGAUGAGGAUAAUCCAUUUGCUAUAUAUAACCAUAAGGAUGAAGUCUCUAAUUUUAAUAAGUCUAUUCAUGUUGAUGCAAAGAAGGAAUUAAGUUACUGUGAUAAUAAAAUUGAUUCAAAAUGUAUGUAUCCCAAAGAAAUUAAUGAUCAAACUUCAAACACCACUGAAGAUAAUUGUUAUGAAAAUCAAAGGAAACAUAAAAUUUCAUUAGAAUCUGAGUCUUCAGUCUCAAAAAAUGAUAAUCAUUGUUUAAUGAGAUCUGUAAAAGGUUAUAAGACUAAGCUAGCUCGAAACAAACUAAGUGUGAGCCGAAAUAGACAAAGCAAAGAAUUCAAAACAAAACAUAUCUUAUUAGAAAAACAUAUGGAUGAUGAUGAAGUGUCAAGUUUGAAAGACACAUCUGAUAAGUCUAAUAUUGCUGAAAGUUUUAAUUCAUUAGAAAUUAAUGAAAAUGAAAAUACAGAAGGAAAUAACAGAUGUGAGAUCAUAUCAAAUGAUUAAAUAAAUCCAUAAAAUGUUAAAAUUAUAAAAGAACUUAAAUGAGAA